AUGUCUAUCGUGCGUAUAAAGAACGACGAUAAUUUAUGUUUACCACGGUCCCUAGUAACGGCUAAAGCCUUAGCAGAUGAAGAUGUGCAACUAUAUUCAACGCUACGUGACACCAGGGCACAUAAGCACCCAGAAAAGCAGCAUAAGGAUCAGCAGACAUUAUUGGCGAAACAGCUGGUAAUAGCUGCAGGCCUGACGGAGCGGCGCUACAGCCUGGACGACGUAGAGACUUUUCAAAAGUUACUAAGCGAUUAUCAAAUCAUAAUUGUUGGACUGGAACAGCUUAACAGCAUUAUCUUUGCUGGCGAAUUCAGGGAAAAACGCUUAAUGCUAUUGUAUUACGCCAACCAUUUUGACGUUUUAACAUCUCUUCAAGGGUGGUACGAAAAAAGCAAAUGGUGUUUUCAUUGUAAUCAUGGGUACUCUCACGAAGGUGAUCAUCGCUGUAAAUAUACCUGCAAGCUUUGUUUGCGCGAGAAGUGUGAGCUCGAGGCCAACUUUGCCCGAUACUGUGCGGGAUGCAAUCGAACGGGCUUUAGAAACAACGAGUGUUUUAACCACCACCUUGCAAAGACAGCGAAAAGCACAAACCAUAACAAAAAGAAAAGCAUUUGCGAAAAAUUCAAGGUCUGCAUAGAUUGCUCGGCAUUCAUAAAGACGAACGUGAAACGAGGAUACGGGCCAGACCAUGUAUGCGGCGAGAUUUAUUGUUCGGUUUGCCUGUGUUAUGUAUUGCCGGAGCACCAUGACUGCUAUAUUAAACCCGAGAAACUUGACGACAAAGUAUUAGCCAAGCACAAAUCUGCUAGCUUCAUGUACUUUGAUUUCGAGACGUACCCCGACGGUAAUGGAAAGCACGUCCCAAAUUUUUGUGUAAUACAAGUGCAAGAAGAUGGAAAGCCCAUUGAAACCCGCCAAUUUCCCGAGGACAUCAGCAACACUGGCAAGGACAUUGCAGGCGAUGUGUGUGAAUUUAUUUUCCAAGAAAAGCAUGCUGGAUUUUUUUGUUUGGCACAUAACUUUAGAGGGUUCGAUGGCUAUUUUAUUUUGAAAUGGCUGCUUCAAAAAGGUCAGGCGCCUGACGUUAUUAUGAAAGGUUCCCAAAUCACGCACCUGCGCGAUCGAGAGUUUGGCAUUAACUUUCGGGAUACGCUCAAUUAUGUUCCUUUGUCAUUGGACAACUGGGCGAAAUCAUUCGCCGUUGAGGAAACUAAAGGUAAAUUUCCACAUGUCCUGAACCGACCACAAUUUUGGAACACAGUUAUUGACUAUCCGGACAUUGAAAAGUUCAACUACCGAUUUAUGAGCGAUAAAGAAAAACAUGCUUUUAUGGAAUUCUAUAAUGAAGACAAAGUUUUAAAAAGAGGAUUGUAUGACGUCAACAAGGAACUGGCUGACUAUUGCCACCAAGACGUGACCACGCUACGUUGUUGUGCAAUGCAGCUGCGCGAUCUUUUUUUCAAAAUUACGGAUGGACUAUGUAUUUUUCAAUCAGGUCUAACCCUUCCAAGUGUUUGUCAUUAUUUUUGGAGGUCCAGGCUGCUAAAGCCUUUGGAAGUUGAGGUUAUUCAUAUGCCCAGCAACAGAAUAUCCUCCAAUAAAGCCAAUUCAUGGUUACGAUGUAUAAGCCAGAGCCAAGGCAUUGAACUGGAGCGGGAAUUCAAAAUUGGUGCAUUAUUCAUUGAUGGGUACCAUCUAGAAAGUCGAACUGCAUAUGAAUUUUAUGGGUGCGUGCACCACGGCCAUCCAAUAUGCACGAAUCCAAGUACACGCCACCCGCAUCAGGACGCCACAAUGGGUGAGCGAGUUGUACGAGCGAACCGUACGGCGCGAAGAAAUGUUGAAGAAGCUUAA